AUGGACCGCACCGCUCCCGACUUUUCCCAGCAGACAGGAUUGCCUUCGCCUUACCCUAGCAAUUUUGGCGGCGACGCUCAUUCCGAAGCUUCAUCUGCAGACCAAGCCUCUGCCCCCUACCCUCCUCCUCCCAAGGACACCGCUGCUUAUCCCGCUUCCGCCACGCCGGCCUCUGAGUACGGUGUUUACCCUCCGCCGUCGAGAUCGAGCUCUGCCUACCCGGAUCACGUCCAGCGUCAAUACAACCCUGCCUCAUCCCCCUCAACCGGCAGUAUGGCGCAGCAACAACAAAACAAUCCGUCCAUUGCCCAGCCCAGUCCUACCUAUCCCUAUGGACAGCACUCUCCCUACGCGCCCAACCCGGACAUGGCGGCGCACAGCUACUCUCACCCCAACUCUAACAUGUACGCCCAGCCACGGCCUGAAUGGGGAGGAUAUCAGCAUGGCGGUGCUCCUCUCACCCCAAGCCAUGCAGUCUAUGGACAGACGGCUGCCGCUCCUCCUCCUCCUCAGCGCACCAACCAGGUCUACUCCUUUGUCCCGAUCCCUGGCGCUCAACAACACAAACGCCCCCGCCGUCGCUAUGAGGAAAUCGAGCGCAUGUACAAGUGCGGCUGGAACGGCUGUGAGAAGGCCUAUGGUACUCUGAACCAUCUCAAUGCCCAUGUUACCAUGCAGUCGCACGGCCAGAAGCGUACACCUGAGGAAUUCAAGGAGAUUCGCAAGGAGUGGAAGGCUCGCAAGAAGGAGGAGGAGUCUCUGCGCAAGGCCGAGGAGGAACGCCAGCGUACCGCAGCUGCCAACGGUGGCCAAGAUGGCGGCCAUGAUGCUCAGGCUUCGUCAAACUACGCCGGCUCCAGACCUCAGGUUCAACUGCCGCCUAUCGGAUACCAGCCUCAGUAUCCCGCACCUCCUUCUGGUGUUGCUCAACAGCCACUGCCGGAGUACGGCGCUACGGGCCACAUGUACCCCAGCUACCAACCGCACUCGCCGUACGGUCAGCCUAACCAGAACAUAUACGGCCAGUCCAACGGCGGCCAGCCUCCCAACCACUAA